CGGCAGGUGCGCGUUCCCCUUUAUCAGUCUUGAUGUCUUUCUUUUUCUUUUUUGUUUCUGAAGAUCCACCCCCAAACUCUCGCUACGAACGGUUUCGUUUGUUAAUAAAUAGUCGUGAUCUCUGACGUAUAAUUAAGAAUACCAACAAGGUCUGUCUGUGAGCAGGGGUUUGUUUUUCCGCGGAACUUAGCCGCCUUACAGCUGCUGCAAAACGUCUGGCAUCUUACCAAAAACAGGGAGCGUCUGUUUUACUGUCCGAGUUUGCCUGGCGAGUUGGCUGCAAACUGUUGCGUUUAUCGCUGCACACCACGGAGGUGACACCUCAAUAAACUCUUCAGCUGAAACCCUACAGGGGAUAUUGCUUACAAUGGUAAUUUUGGGUGGACUGUUUAACCAGACUCAACCCUAUGACUACCCCGAUGACUACGAAUUUGAAGAUGAAGAUGUCGAUAAGGCAGCAUGGAUCCCAAUUCUGUUCUCCAUAUUGGUGAUCGUUGGGUUGCUGGGGAAUGGACUUCUCCUGGCAGUCCUGGCUCGGAAGAGGCGACCCUGGAGAGUAUUGGACAGCUUUAUUCUCCAACUGGGGAUGGUGGACAUCCUGCUGCUGUUGACCCUGGCCUUCUAUGCUACCCAUGACACUCAAACCUGUGGAUGGUGCUCACAGACUGUCCUCAGGGUCUGUGGAGCUUUUUUUAAGAUCAACCUAUAUGUGGGGGCAUUUCUUCUGGUUUGCAUCUGCCUGGAUCAGUGCCUGUUCUCCAUACAUGCCGACCGGUGUAGAAGCCACAGAACCAGCUUGGCGAUCCUGGGCUGUCUGCUGACGUGGAUCAUUUCUAUCACCCUUGCUGUCCUGGAUUGGAUUUUUCUUGUCAAUACUGAGUCAAUGCCAGGAAAAGCCCUCUCUGCUCACUCUCACCCCAAAACUAAAGUUGACUGGCAGCUAAUCUCACAUGUGCUCCACCUUGGAGUUGGCUUCUUGCUCCCUGCACUUAUCCAAAUUGUGUUCUGUUCCCACAUCAUGAUACAAUGCAAAUCCAAUUGCCGGAGCAGGAUGAAAGCUGUUCUGUUCAUCCUAUCUCUGGUGGGAGUUUUCCUACUCUGCUGGACCCCAUACAACAUCACCCUCUUAAUAGACACCAUCUCCUACACAUCGAAAGACUUUCUCAAAAACUUUUUUGUAGAUCAUAUUAAUUCUUUAAAAGCAGCUGUGAAAGUCACCUCAGCUGUGAGCUGCAUCAGUGCCUGCGUCAGGCCUCCGUUAUAUUUUUUGUUUUGUGGAAACUUCCGGAAAGCAGUAUUCAGCAUCUUUACUUGUGCAAAGGUUGAAUGCAAGAGCUCACUGUGGGAGCUGAGCAUGGAGGCGCCACAUGACCAGUGUCGCUCAGAGCAAGAGAUGAAACAGAUGAUGAGUGCAUAACAACAAAUUAAGCCAGUGAUGAUCAACCAAAAUACCCCGGAUUGACUCAGACAUCACCUGAGGGACGUCCUGCUCAGAAAGGGGAAGCAUUAAAGCCGAAGGAUUCUGAGGGAAUGUGGAAAGUUGAUAUAAAUAAUAUAAAGUAUAAAAGGGAAAAGACCCAAAUUGUGUAAUGGGAAAGUUUCCAAGCUUCAUCUUGCUCACAGAUGUAUUUCAGAUUCUUGCUGCACAAUCUAAGCUUGUCAUUUUUACUUUAAAAGUAUUGGGAUCUUUUAUAUAUAUAUAUAUAUAUAUAUAUAUAUAUAUAUAUAUAUAUAUAUAUAUAUAUAUAUAUAUAUAUAUUGUUAUAGUUGUGUUUCAUAUUAAUGGAAUAUAUGUUUUUUACAUGUACCAAGUAAGCAGAAGUGUCACGUUUUAACUAAUAAGAGUUGCAAUCAGAAAUAUUCAACCUCUUUUUCUCAGGACACUGUAUUCAUGUGGAUGAAGAAAACUGACUAUAAAUGUCAAAAUAUGUUUUUAUAUACAAGUUGUUUUGACUUAACUUCAAAGUUAAAAUCUAAAUUAUGUUUGAUAAUGCUUCUCUGUGCUGCUACUGCCUUGUUUAUAUUUUAAACAUUGUCAUUCCAAUUUUUAUCUUUUGUCAAAGACAACUCAAGUAGGAGAUUUGUUUCUAAAUGAGCUAUGAUUGAAUCAGAGUAGUACUUUUAGUCAAUACCUUCCUGGAGAGUCCAAUGAUAAGAAGGUUACAUUUUUCAACAGAGAGCAGCGUGUUCCUCUAGGCCUGCCUGGUGUUUGUUAAAAUUCACGAGGCCAGCCACAUGAUCAAGAUUGCAAUUCCUGUUUCUGAUAAACAGACCCACAUCGUCAGUCACUCACCUCCAUGCUUGACCAUUCUUCAUCAGUCUUCCAUGUCGGAUAUACACCUGAUUCAGGUGUCCAAACAGUUCCAGUUUGGCUUCAUUAGUGCAUUGAAUCAUCUGCCUUAACUUUGUAGUCUUAUUCAGAUGCCUUCAUCUACUCUUGAUGUAAGGUCAAUCAAAGUGUGUGUCUUGAAAUUGUGCAAUAGUGUCUUUGUAUUUUCAGUCCAAGUCUUAAGUUGCCACUGAAGCACUUAUACCAGGCUUCACCAGCUAAACCUGCCGAUGUUUUGCAGUUACAUUGGGGUUUGUCUUGGGCCUUCUUAGAUAUCUGCUGUUGAUAAAGUUUUGGCCUUCAUUCCACAGCUAAGUAGGUUUGCAGCUGUCCCAUCCUUACAAUGCUCCUAAUAUGUAUUUUAUGAUGUAGGAGAAAUCUUUAUCCCUAACGUAUUUUGUUGGCUUUUUAUUCUCUUCUUUUAAUCGUUCCCAUAAUUCCAAAUCACAUUGAUUUUGCAUCACAGAUAAGGUAAAUUAGGGAUGAGUAAAGAGUUUCCAGAGGAUUGAUAAUGUUUUAUCUCCACUUAAGACCAUAAAAUCAUUCAGUCAGAUUUAAAAACAAUUGGUGUGGGUUGAACACUUGACUUGGCUAUCCUAGCUAACUCAGAAGUAUUUAAUCAAGCUUUUUUGCGAUUAUUUUUUGUAUCAUUCAACUCAUAAAAAACCAAUUGAAACAAAAUGUUGCUCUUUGCAGAGACGUUACCUUUCAGAAACCUUAAAAUCUUUGUAUUUCGAAUACUUCUGAUUGCAACGUGUGAAAACUAGAGCCAGAUGCUAUAAGCUCUUUUUAUUUUCAGUGUUAUUUCCUCAUCAAGUGUAUUAUGCAACAUUUUAUCCCUGUAGAUCUAAAAAGCUUGAGCAAUUGUAUUCAGAAGCCAGGCUGUUAGACCCAGUAAACCGUUUCUCUUUCUGUUUUACACUUUGGUUUCUCUUUUCUUAUCUUAAGCAACACGUCCUUUCCAGGAUUGCACAGUGCUCUGUAUUAAUUUAUUUUUGGCGUCACCUUUUAUUUUCUUGUUUGUUUGGAUUAGUUCCAUUUGUCUAAUAAGAGGUGAUAAAACCCCAGCAGAGAGGACAGCGGUCUCAGCUGUGUGGUUGUGUUUCAUAGUGGAGCUUUGUGCAUGGUGAAGAGGACUGUGGUGAGCUUUGUGUUUGAGGCCUUGGUCUGUUGGGUGGGUGGGAAACACAGAGACAUUGGAGGAAAAAAUGUCAUUCUGCAGGGGAUCAAAGUAAACAUCCUGAAAAACAAAAUUCCAUUUAAACCCUAAAGCCAGUUUGCAAGUUAUAACCUGAAAACCAAAUGUCUUUUAUCAACCCCUCACAUUGACUAUAACUGUAAACUGAGGUGAAUGUCAAAUACUUCUGGAAAUUUACUGUACAUUCAUGAGGGAAACAGUUAGAUUUCAGUUCUGCUUCCUGUUUAAGGUUGUCAUUUAAGUUUGCUGACAGUUAACCGUCCUGUUGUCCUCAGGUCAAAAUGACCCGCCACUGUGUUAAAACUCCCCAAAGAUCCACUAAAUGUUAGUGGAUCUUUGGGGAGUUUCACUAAAAGAUCCACUAAAUGUUAUUUUAGGACAACAGGAGGGUUAAUGUCCUAUGAUAUGAGCUCAUUAUGGAAAAGGCUACUUGGCUACAAGAUCAGACUCUUCAUAUUUGACUGACAUUUCUUCCUAGUCUUUAGGACUGAGUUGCUGUAAAGACUAGGAAGAAAUGUCAUUAGGACUGAGUUGCUGUUUCCUGCCAGAGUUAAGACUGUUAAGAAUAUGUAAAUGAAGAUGAAGAACAUAAAAUCAGAUAAGAACUCUUAAUAUUUUUACCUAAAGUUUCUAAUACAUCAAUAUAUUUAGGUCUGUUUUUAUCUUUACCUUUGGAAGAAAAACAUGUAAUGUCUGAUUACAGGAUGAAAACAACUCUGCUGAUUACUGACUGCUGGUUUAAUGGUGUUUCUUGACAGCCUCUUAGAUCUCAUCAAACCUAGUUUGAUGAGAUCUAACUAGUUUGAUGAGGAUUUUCUUGAGAUUUUCACUCUCAAGAAAAUCCUCAUUAAAUUCCACAAACCUAAAUAUAUUAUGCAUGGGUGAGAAAUACUGGAAAACUUACCAAAUCCAUGAACUGUCCUCAUCAGUAAUUACAAAACUGUUUAUGUACCUUGAACUUUUUCAGAUUUUGUGUCGUUCCAUCUACAGGCUUUAUUAUUGUGGUUUAAUGUUGAAGACAGACACAAAUCAACACAAAACCAAAAUCUGAAAAAGCAUGCAUUUCUGUUCAUUCAUGUUGUUCAAAUUUUAAUUUUGCUCUCAUUUGGGCGUCUUUUUCCACAUGUCGACUGUGUCCACUAAAUAGCUUGUGGGAAAGUGCAAGCAAGACUUC